CGAGGAAACCACUGACUGAUCGAGCAAAGCAGAGAGAGAGAGAGAAAGAAAGAGCAGAAGAAAUCCAGCACAACAAGACAGAGACUGUGCAUAAAGCAAUGGAGAACCGCUUCCUAAUCCCCGGCACCCUCAAGCAAGGAUACCUCACCAAAUCGCCCCCUCUGGACAAAAACACUGCUGUAUUCAAGGGAUGGAAGAAGCGUUGGGUGAUACUUUACUUAAGUCAGAGGGAGUUAUUCCUUCAGUAUUACGAGAAUGAAGAGAGUGCCAGAGGUAGCAGCCCGCCUAAAAGCACUGUCUCUUUAAAGUUCUGUGAAAAGGUUGACGUAGACCUUGAGCACUCAACGUACAAGAAUGUCUUUGCUAUUUAUCUACCGGAAAGAACGUACUAUUUCUCCGCUCCUUCUCAUUUUGAAAUGAACGAAUGGAGUGAGACUAUUUGCAGCUUCUUGAAGGCUAACAAAGCUCAAGGUGAUACAGCAACACUUGGAGCAGGCUCCUACUCCACAAUGCCACUGUCAGGACGGUAUGGAUCACACACGCUACCAUCAAACACCUCCACUCUACCAAUGGCGAGCACUUACGGUACAUACGGACUGGCUGGGCCCCUACCCACGUCACCAGGACACUAUGGGACAUCAGUUCCUUACAGUCCAAUAACAAGGGGUGGAGUCUCAGAGUUGUCUUCAUCCUACGGUUCACUCAGUGGCUCUGGAUCAGUUUCUCCUUCCUUUUCUACAAUACAAAGUAGAGGGUUACCUCCAAUUCCUCCAGAUAAUUCCUCCAAAACAACAAUGGAAGAUCAGGCUCCUCCUGUCCCUCCGAGAUUCCAUAGUAACCUUUACUCUGCCACGCCUACCAGAUAAACAAGCAGGGCCUCUGACCUAGUCACUGAUGUGGUAACGUGUUUGUUGACAGUACUUUAUGUAUAAAUUUUUAAAAGCAAAAGAGGGUGAUGACAAACAAUGCACGCAUAACUUAUUAUUAUUAUUAUUAUUAUUACUAUUACUAUUAUUAUCAUCACUUUAUAUAUAAUCAUAUUUUUAAAUGUGUCACAACUCUCUCUCUCGUCUCUCUCGUAACACAAAGUCUGUACAUCAUUAUUAUUAUUUGUUAUUUAAAAGUUAUAGAAAUUGUUGUAGACGCCAA